CAAUCUCACUCCUCUUGUCUCGUUCCUUCCACCCUCUUUGACAGCCUAGAAGAAAACAUCACUCCCAUUCUUCCCCUCCUCUCGAACCAUGACUUUCUUCUGGGAAAACCAGCGCAUAGCUUCCUUUCCUCUCUUGUUCCUGUUUUAGUCUCGACAAAAGAAAAUAUCCUUUUUCUUACUCGUCUCUCGCAUCCCUCUUUUUUUCUUCUUCUUCUUGCCAAAGUAGAAGGGGCGACGGCAGGCCUAUCGACGAUGGCGACUAAAUUAAGGCCUAAAGAAGGAUUAAAACCCCCUCCUUUUAUGAUGAUCUCCAGGCUUGCUUCGCUUCCCAAAUCGAAGAAGGAUGAAGAACCCUCGUCUCCUUCUAGCCGUCGGUCUUUGCGUAUUGAGUUCCAGAAAAUUGCCUUGGGUGACCGGGCGACUACGACUCGACGGCCAUCGAUUUCAAGACUGGAGCUCUUUCUGGAAGGCUACGGUUUGGAAGUCUUCGAAGAGAAAUUGGUCCUCGGGUCCAGAUUAUGAGUUGCGGCAGCAGACUCUGGAUUUGAUACUGUGAUUUUGGAAUUGGUGUGCUUAUAGGCGAGGAAAUGGAGUUGCAGCCUGCACACAACUAUAUGCUUCCCAACAACUAACUAAGCUUCUUGCUUUCCCCUGUAAGUCCCCUGCCUCUCACAAGCUUUUGUUUUUUUGCUGGCAA